GGGGAAGAAGAGGAGAAGGAGAGGGAAGGCAGACCCGAGCAAACCAGAGGAGGAGGAGCAGAACGAAGGCAGCUAGCCUUCACCUGAUGAAGCAACAACAGAACCAGAGCCACUUAAUGGCUCGGAACAGAGUGAGGAAUACCGGCGGCCAUGUAGGUCCGUCACCGUCUGCUUGGCCGACUCUGCAACAGGCUCUGCAGCAACAACCCAGUUCAGGUAUGAGAGCUGUUUUUCUUGGAAAUACUGGGUCCAAGCGAGAAUGUGCUGGAACAGGGGUGUUCUUGCCUCGUCCAAUCGGUAGCCCAACUGAGACCAGGAAGAAAUCAGAUUGUUCGACGGUAUUGCUUCCAGACAGAGUGGCUCAGGCUCUGAACUUAAACUUAGAUGCCAUGGAUUCUUCACCCCACAAUUUACAAGUCGAGGAUAUGCCAAGGUUAUUGCUUAAAGUUCUCAUAGCAAUAUGUGGGUUGUUUAAACCCUAG